GCGGGCGCCGGCGCCGGGCCGGGAAGGGGGGCGGGGGAGAGACGGUCGCAAGAUGGCGGCGCUGAAGGAGGCCCGGAGCUAUGGGCUGUCCUGCGGGCGCGUGAGCGACGGUAGCAAGGUGUCUGUGUUUCACGUGAAGCUCACUGACAGUGCCCUGAAGGCCUUCGAGAGCUACCGCGCCAACCAGGAUUCUGUUUCACUGAGACCAUCAAUCCGAUUUCAAGGAAGCCAAGGGCACAUCUCCAUCCCCCAGCCCGACUGCCCGGCAGAGGCACGGAUCUUCUCCUUCUACCUCUCCAACAUUGGCCGUGACAGCCCGCAGGGCAGCUUCGACUGCAUCCAGCAGUAUGUCUCCAGCCGUGGGGACGUCCUCCUGGACUGCCUGGGCAGCAUCCAGGACAAGAUCACAGUGUGUGCCACCGAUGACUCCUACCAGAAGGCGCGGCAGAGCAUGGCCCAGGCGGAGGAGGAGACUCGGAGCCGCAGUGCCAUCGUCAUCAAGGCUGGAGGCCGCUACCUGGGCAAGAAGGUUCAGUUUCGGAAACCAGCCCCAGGGGCGACAGAUGCUGUGCCUUCCCGGAAGCGGGCGACCCCCAUGAACCUGGCAAGUGCCAUCAGGAAGAGUGGCAUCGGUGGCGUGAGCGGGGGUGGUGGGGUGUCCCUGAGGCCCUUCCGUGACCGGGUGCUGCACCUCCUGGCACUGAGGCCCUACCGCAAGGCUGAGCUGCUGCUGCGGCUGCAGAAGGAUGGCCUGGCACAGGCGGACAAGGAGGCGCUAGAUGGCCUUCUCCAGCAGGUGGCCAACGUGAGUACCAAGGAUGGCACGUGCACCCUGAGGGACUGCAUGUACAAGGAUGUGCAGAAGGACUGGCCUGGCUACUCAGAGGGGGACCAGCAGCUGCUGAAGCGCGUGCUUGUCCGGAAGCUGUGCCAGCCACAGAGUGCGGGUGGUCUCCCGGGAGACCCUGCUGCCUCCAGCCCUCCGGGUGAGCACGGGAGCUCGGCCUCGCCCCCUCAGAAACGGCCCCAGCCUCCCGAGUUCAUCGACCCCCUGGCCAAUAAGAGGCCCAGGGUAUCCCACUUCAUCCAGAGAGCUCAGCCUGCCACCGUCAACGGGAAGCUGGCUGUGCCAAAUGGCCGUGAGGGCCUGCUGCCUGCCCCAGGUCCACCGGCCAUUGCGGAUGUCCUCAGCUCCAGCACCCACCUGUCCCCACGGUUGGAGCCUCCGAGGGCCCAUGAACCCCUGACCGAUGUCAGCAAUGACCUGGGCCACAGCAGCUGGGACUGUGAGCGUGGGGAUGCAGCUAUCCCAGGCCCCACCGUGCACCUUGGCCUGCCCCUGCCGAUGGACUGUGCCCAGCCCGGCAGGCCUCACGGCAGCCCCUCACGCAGCAAGUCCAGGAAAAAGUGCAAGAAGCACAAAGACAAGGAGAGGGCUGCUGAGGACAGGCACCAGCCCCAGCCGCCAGACCACGUGCCCACCACUCACGGAGCCCCGCCAGAUGCCCCGGGUUUAAACGGAACGUGCAGCAGCUCCAGUGUGCCCACGUCCACAUCGGAGACGCCAGACUACUUGCUGAAGUACGCAGCCAUCUCGUCCUCAGAGCAGCGCCAGCGCUACAAGAACGACUUCAACGCCGAGUACAGCGAGUACCGCGACUUGCACGCCCGCAUCGAGCAGAUCACGCGUAGGUUCACACAGCUCGACACCCAGCUCAGGCAGCUGUCCCAGGGCUCCGAGGAGUAUGAGACCACACGUGGGCAGAUUUUGCAGGAAUAUCGGAAAAUCAAGAAGACCAACACCAACUACAGCCAGGAGAAGCACCGCUGCGAGUACCUGCACAGCAAGCUGGCCCACAUCAAGAGGCUCAUCUCGGAGUACGACCAGCGGCAGCUGCAGGCCUGGCCCUAGCUGCCUGCCACCUUGCCUCUCCUGACCCGCCAGGUGGCGGGGAGCUGUGGGUGGGGGGCGAAAGAGGAUUUAUUUAAAACAAUAAACAUGAGGAAGACACACACAUCUGAGCCAGCUCUGCUGGCUUCCAGGGGAGCCCUGCAGACCUCUGGCCCAGGUGGGGCAGCCUCGAGCCCACCCCCGGCCCUCCCUGCAGCUCCUGCGCAGCCCUGGCCCAAUGGGCUCCGGGAAGCCCACCUCCUCUGCUGCGGCCCGGGCCACUCAGCUUCCUCUCGCCAGAAGACUCAAGGCCCUCAGAAGCCACCUGCCUGCCUUUUCUAGUUUUAUACAAAGACAGCCACUUUAGCUACGCUAGUGAGACUUGAGUCUAUUUUUGUACAAAAAACAAAGCAAAACCUUUUUUUCUAAACCUGUGCCUCCCUCCCCUCGGAUGCCCAGGGUCUAGAGGCUGCCCUGCGUCCUUUCUGCAGUAUUACGGAAGCUGCCGGAAGGUGCCACCGUGUCUGGGAGCUCUGGGCAGUGAAGCCUCUGUGCCCCCUCCUGCCCCUUGGGCGAGGUCUGUGUCAAGCAAAGGGGUGGCCCCAGGGUGCCUGUUGGAAGAGCUCAGCGGGUGCCCCUGGGCGGCUGCCGGGCUCCAGGCGGUGAGGAGCGCCGGGCCCAGCUGCCGGGCUCCAGGCUUGCAGGCUGCAGCGGCGGCUCUCUUCACGCUGUCCUCGCUCUCCCCUUUGGCUGCCGCCUUCCCAUCUCCCACGGUGGAGGCCACGUGGUCUUUCUCCAUCGCUCCGUCCAUUUGUGGGUCCCGGGGUUAUCUCAGCAGAGGCACCACUGAGGUUUGCACUCAGGGAGGGGCUGGAGGGGCCAAUGGGGUCAGGGAGGCCCGGGGCAGAGCAGCGGGAGCCGGAAGGAAAGGUCUGUCCACUCUGGGGGCACAGGCUCUGUGGACACCCCAGUUGCUUCUGUGUUGCCAUG